AUGCUGCACUCAAGUGAGAUGGCGAGCCUAGACUCUGCCUUUGCGACGAGCUUCGCAAAAGAGACAUGGGCCCUAUACAGCGUGGGAGUAUUGGGGGCCAUCCUACGAUUCGUAGCACGAAUACGCCGAUUAGGUUACCAGAACCUUCAAGCAGAUGAUUACUUGAUGCUAUUCGCGGUGGUCUGGUAUACUUUAUUAUGUGUCGCUCUCAAUGAAGUCGCCUUUGGAGGCGGAUCAAACCUGAUGGACGAGAAUGAUAGAAAGCACUUAACGCCUGCCAUCAAGGCGGAUCGUGUCAGGGGAAGCAAAUGGGUCUUUGUAUCGGAGCAUUCCUUCCUCCUUGCUAUCUAUGCCAUGAAGGCAUGCAUGUUGGUUAUAUAUGCCCGCAUCACCGAAGGAUUACGCCAACGAAAAUGGGUGACUUAUCUCGCUGUCUAUGUCGCCCUUGGCUUCGUUGGCAAUGAAUUGUCUUUGUUCCUAAUUUGCCGGCCUUUAUCGAAUUACUGGGCCGUGCCUACUCCCUACGACCAAUGCUCGACAUAUCAGUACUAUGAAAUUGUUCAGGGAUGUCUAUCAAUAUCUGCGGACGUCUUCAUGCUUAUCAUUGGCCUCCCACUUAUGGUUCAAGUUCGAGUGCCUCUUAAGCAGAAGUUGAUUCUCUUGAUCCUAUUCGGCAUGGGAAUCUUCGUCAUUGUCGCAGCCCUCCUGAACAAACUCUAUUGUCUCGUUCCUUCUCUCAUCUCCUAUGUUUACAUGAACUGGUAUUUCCGGGAAGCGACAGUAGCUAUCCUGGUCACCAACCUACCCCUUGUUUGGUCUCUCCUUCGCGAUGUGUUCCCCGCGCUCAAGAGUUGGACCGGAGGGUCACGACGCGGAACCACCGAACGGUAUCGGACUGGUCCCUGGACAAGUAAGGGAUCUGCAUUUCGUCACUACGGUCCCCACAGUCAGUUGCAAUCUGGCGAAUACAGCAUGCACAACUACAACCAGAGCACCGUUGUUGCGCCCCAGAAGACUAUUUCGGAAGUCAGCCUGGAGCCGAGCGAAGAUCGCGAGCCCAGCGAGGACGGCUCCGAACGAGCCCUCAGAAUCCGACAGGAUGUGACGGUGACGGUGGAGCGUGAGACACGACCACCUGAGUAUUGGGAGUCCAAGAAGGCCCAAACUUCAGAAGGCCGACUCCCGGAACCAUGA